GUUGAAGCUUACCCUUGCUUCCUCCAUGGGCACCCUUACCCCUCAGGUCUGCGGGUCUCUGGUUCAGUAGAGACAACAGGCCACUUGAUCUUAAACAAAGCGUGUGCUGGGCUGCUUUUGGUUUUUGUUGUCAAUUUCAAAGGCAGGGCUCCAGCCGGAGUGUCCGUUCCACCACUACAUUAUCCCCGGGUUAGAGGUCGAGUGUUUUGAGCCCUGCCUUAAGUGUUCCAGUCAGAAUGAAGAAGAACUCUACGGCCAGGAAAACCAGCAAGCAGCCAGCGGCUCCGCUAAAGGACAGCGCAUCCCGUAAGCCCGCCUCGGACGCGCAACCCCUCAAGGCCGGCAUGUUGCAAUACCUAAAAGGGGCAUCCUCUGAAAAUACUGAGAGCGCGCCACCACCAGCAAAGCCUAAAGAUAGGGAAGGCGCGACGGCCAAGAUGAAACGGCGAAUUCUGGGACUCGCGGGUGGAACGGGUAACGCGGGUCAGACGUCUACCACGAGCACGCGUAAAGCUUUGGGUUCGAUGGAUGAGAAGUCCGUGAACAAAGUGUUGCCGAGGAGUGUGAUAGUGGAGAGAGCGGUGCAGCAGCCUGCCGGACCGCCGGUGGUUGUGGUUGUCCCAUCGCAAGAUGUGCAACAAGCAGGGCGGAGGACGAGUGUAGAUGGAUCGAAGCGCUCUAACAAACGCCCGUCUCUUCCGCUCGAAGACCCUGCUGUGGACGAGGGAAGUCCGAAGAAAGGGCGAACCGCGAGAAGCCCCAAAAAGCCGCUCAAGCCCUCCGACUCUGGAUUCAGCGAGGAAACAUUGCAGCCUAGACAGUCACAGGAGGCGUCAAGCACCUCGGCAGUGUCGCCCGAUCUGCCAUUGACGCAAGCAACGCCAGUUAAGAAGACUGAUCAAGAAGACAGAAUAUACUGGAGAGACUCUCCGCCUUCUGGAAAGCUGAAUGCGGCUGCUUCUGCUAUUGAAGGGAGGAAGCGAGACACGCGCGCCGAGGCAAAGUACGUUGCGAGUCUUCUUGCAGGCGAGAAGGUGGCCACUCCAAAAGAAAACUCUCCUACUCUCGGCAAUAAGCCUCGUCACCCAGCACGUUCCAAUCCAGAGCUCACGCCCUCACACGGCAAGACAUCCUACAAGAGAAGCUUCAGUCUUAGCAAUCUAGAAGGCUCGCCCUCCGCUCUAUUCCGCAACACUGACCCGAAACAGAUUCGCCGGGAGAGGCUUACUCAUUGGAGUACAGGAGGUAAACGGCCAAAUAGUUUCAGCGUGCCGGGACUGGAACUCUUCAAUCAACCAAACUGCUCGGCGGGUCCAACGACGCUUGAUGGCCGUCAAAGUGGCGAAGAGAGCUGUCGCUGUUCAGCGGCAACCACACCCGAUAGCGUAAAGCGCCGACGUCUGAAUAGGUCCGCCACCUUCCCAAACCCCUCGUCGGCUUGGCCUGGAAGUCCCAAAGGGAAAUCAAGUACAUUCGAUGAUGAUAACUUCAAGGAGAACAUUCCCCCUUGGGAACGGCAACGAGCUCAAAAGCGCCUUGAGCAAGCGGGCCUGUUGGACAGCAAUCCUCGUCACAGGAAGGACGACAGACUGACUAUGAAGGAUACCCGCAAGCUCCAACAAAAGCAACGUGACACAGUCAAGGUGGAGAUUGAAGUUUCGGACAAGUUCUCGGACCCGGACGAUUCGGACGACUUUGCGUGUUCCAUGGCGUUGGACGCGUUUAUGGCUGAAGGUGAAGUCGCUGUGGUGAAAGGCGAAUCGGAAACGAGCACGCGGACACAUUCCAGGGCGAAUACGAAUGUACCGCUUGUCGAUGAACCGGUGAAGUCUGAACCGCAGCGAUACACGCGCUUCCUGGUUCUCGAAGUGUCGUGGAACGAAUACGGCUUCCCGGACGGUCCAGCACGCAACAAAGAGAAGAAACUACGCCUCUUCAACGAGCAAGAACAGAACGAACGGUUCCUCCACCUCCGCGAAGACUGGUGGACAACGGACGUCAACGUCGGCGACUACAUCCACGUCAUUGGGACAUUCGACCCGAACCUCAACCGCUGCAUCGUCGAUAACGAGAAGAACUUGGUGAUCCUGCACCCCGACAACCUGGUCUCUGCCACCUUGGUCGCGGAGAGCUUUGAUUGUCUGAGGAAAUCGAUUCUGCAGGACCGUGUCCGAUCCCUCGGCGAGUCUACCCCACCGCUGGUGUACGGCAGCUUGUUGCAUUGUCUGUUGCAAGCUGGGUUGAAGGAUGGGGAUUUUUCGGAUGUCCGAAUGGACGACGAGAUUGAUAAGUUGGUGAAGAGCAGCGUUGAGGAUCUGUACGCGGCUGGAGAAGAUGAGGAGAAGGCUCGGCAGCACUUGAAGGAGUUUGUGCCGAGUUUGCAGCAGUGGAGUCAGAUGUUUAUGCGUGGUUCGCCCGAGCCGGAUGCUAUCGUGAAGCAGCAUCGUGGUGACGGACGUGAGAAAUCAUCGCUGUCCAUCAGUAAAGUCCUCGACAUCGAGGAUCAGAUUUGGUCACCGAUGUUCGGAAUCAAGGGAAAUAUCGAUGCUAGCAUACAGAUCAACGUUACGGAAGGUAUAUUUGGGGCCACCAGGACGCUGGCUGCGCCGUUCGAGCUGAAAACGGGCAAGAGCACCAAUGUGGUCUCGCAUCGGGCCCAGACAACCCUUUAUACGCUUAUGAUGGGUGAUCGUUAUGGUGCGUUGGUCUCUCCCUGAGUUUGUUGCGUGUGUUCAGUGAGUAACUUCCACUUUCUGCAGGUGUUGAUAUAGCAGGCGGCAUCCUCUACUACCUGAAAGCUAACGAAAU